CUAUCUUUUAUUACAAGCAAUUUCGUUCCUCGCGGAGGAAGGCUCUGCGAGAUGGCCGUCGUGUCGGACUAAGCUAUCCGUCAAGCCUCUGAAAGGGAGGAAAGAGAUAGAGAGCCGAGGAGAGAGGGGGGAGAGGAGAGACGUCGGCGAUGAGGGAUGGUUACGGCGGCACCUCCCAGGACGCGGCGGCGAGGAUCCGGCUGCAGCGGGAGGCGGAGAGGCGUAGAAUCCACGAACUGAAGAACAGGUUCCCCUACGCCGGCACCUCCGAGGGUUUGCAUCAGCAAGAGGAAGAUUACGAAGAGGAAGAAUAUGGUGAAUAUGAGGAGGAACCUUCUGAGCCAGAGGAAGAAGAGGAACGAGAACCACCAAAACCCACCAGGGAGGAACAAGAAUUUCUCAAAUUGAGGGAGAAGCUAAAAGAUAGGAUCAGGCAAAAGUUGAAGAAACAAAGUGCUAGUGCUCUUGGUCAUUCAUCUCAAUCCCAAGACAAGAAGAGGACAACAUCAAAUGACAAAUUUGGCUCCUUUUUUGGCCCUUCACAACCCAUUAUUGCUCCACGAGUCAUUGAAGAAAGCCGUUUAAUUCGGGAGAAUAAGCAUAUUGUGGCUAAGGUUUCGAGUUCUGGUAACAAAAGAGAUCCCACAUCUUCCGAAGUAAGGACCCAUGUCCACCAUCAGAAAGCAAGAGUUGUUAAUGAGGUAAAAAAGAAGGCACAGGCACUUAAAGACAUGCGAGAUUAUUCCUUUUUAUUGUCAGAUGAUGCUGAUCUUCCCUCUGAAAAAGAGCAGCCUUUAACCAGAAAUGUUUCUGCUCCAAAGGCUGAUGGUAGGUCAGCCCAAACACCAUUGAAGAGCAGGAUACCUACAAGCAAACCUGUAAAGCCAACUUUGAAUGGUCAUGAAUUGAAGAAGCCGACUUCUGCCAUUCGGCCUAUGCAAACCAAAGUAAGUUCUGUGAAAGAAGCUCCUGUAAACAGAUCCAAGUCAGCUUCAGUUGAACCUAGAAAAAUGCUUGGUGGUGGUGCUGGAAAUGGGCCUGUCCAGACUACAGGAAAUAAAGCUUUACCCUCCAAGGUUCCUGCUCAGAUUACCAGUAUGAAUAAGCCUGCUGGGAAGGCCAUAAGUGAUCCUGGUUUAAAGAAGAACCCUUCAUCUGCAAAGCCACAUUCUUCUGCCCAACAUUAUCACCCUGAUCAGAAAAGAGUAACCCAAGUACCACAUAGAGUAAAAACAACACCAAAACAGCCAUUGCCUUCCUCAAAAGCUCAGCCUUCUAAGCAAAUCCCAUCACGUGACAUCCAUGACGACCGUUCAAAGAAAAGGCCUGUGAGAAGACACUUGGAUGAAGAGGAAGAUGAUGUUGAUGAUGUUCGUGGACUUAUCAGAAAAAUGUUUAGGUAUGAUCCUAGUAAAUAUGCAGGGCAAGAUGAGGAUGUCAGUGACAUGGAGGUUGGUUUUGAUGUUAUCCAGAAGGAAGAGCUGAGAAGUUCCCAGAUUGCGAGAAGGGAGGAUGAAGAGCAACUUCGCCUCAUUGAGCAGGAAGAGGAAGAAGAGAGGCGAAGAAAGCUAAUGGGAAAAAAACAGAGGCUACGCCAUUAGUGAUGCUGACUGAAACCAUACCUUUGAAGGGUAUUCAUUGCUAAACUCCAUCUGGUUGUUGUAGAAGCAAUGAGAUACCAAAGAUGGAAUUGCUUUGCUGCUUUUCCAGGGUUAUAAUUUCGCUCAAAGGAAGAUCGUUCAAUUGCUAUGUUGGUUUUACAGCCAUAUGAAGGUUCAGUUUCCUCCUUCGAGUGUUCAACUGAUGUAAUUUAUUUAGCCGUGAACUCUCUCAUGUGGCCUACAGCCCCCAUAUCCGUUCGCUGGAUGUACUCGUGGGGAUGGAAGUGAAAGAAAAAUAAAUGGUCUCAUUCAUCCGACAAGCAGAUGGUACUAAUCCUGAGUUCCUCCUGGAUCCUUUCAGAAAUGUCUAUUGAUCACCUCACAAAUUUUAGCUUUUGAUCUGUUGCCAAAUCAUUACCAUCAUGUCAUUUUUCUCAUUUUCUGAGUUAGAUCAACUUUAUUAUUAUUGUUAUUUGCCAUUUUCUAUUGAUGCCAAAUCUUAGGCCUUUUGGCGUCCAUGAGUCUGUUGUACUUCAACUCUCUUGUGUGUCUCCAUUAUUUUUUGAAUAAUGAAUGAAGGGGAAGUUGGAUAA